GGCGACGGAGAGGAAGCAGAUCGCACUGUGUGUCCAGUGAGAAAAACACGGAAUUGUGGGUAAUAAACCGGUAUUGUCUUUGCAACUAUGUCGUUAGUCACAAACUUCUUUGGUAACUUAAGGAAGGUGGCUAUCACUCUGGAGAAGGAGACUGAGAAACUGGAUCAAGUGUUCAGCAACAAAGAGGAAGACUACGAUGAUGAAUCUCCGAUGCGAGUCUUACAUAAUUUACGCUCUGAGAUAAAGGAUUUGAAGAAUGAGCUUCAGACCACUAUUGACAAAAAACAUCUAAUUGGUCAAGAACUCCAUGCUUUUAUAAGAGUUUGCAAAGUACUGCAGCAAAGAACCUCUACAGACAUUCAACAAAUAAAAGAUAGUUUCCAGAAGUACGGAUAUACACCUCUCAGCACUGACAAGUCAGAUGCUGAGAUGUCAAAUGAAAAUGUGAAGUGUGAGAAUGAGGAACAAAUCUCACGUGACUCUGAGGCUGAUGAACUUCCAUCCAUGCCAACCGUUGAGAAGCCAUCAAACUCCUGGGAUUUACUGCGUGGCCCCCAGCUCUCUGACUUUGGUCUGUCCCACUAUCAGCUUUCCUCUGCAUGGGAUCUGCAAAGUAGCACAUUGCAUGUAAAGAAGCCAGUGGAAGAGAACGCUAAGCCCGUAUUUAAGGAUAUCCGCACAGUAAAUAUGGCAAAGACACCAAAAUGUGCCCUGAGGAUGGAAGAUGACUUCACACAGGUCGCGCACUUUGGCAUUAGCGAAUCAAACACCAAUUUCAACGAUGACUACACAAUUGCACUGAUCAACAAAAAAGCACAGAAAAAGGCAAGUACUCCUGAAAAAGAUGGGACAGAAGGCGGUUACUCGAGAAAUCUGAAAACCUUUCUGGCUACACCUUCACACCUGCGACACAGGACAGAUUUUGACAUUGCGGACUCUCCAAUGCCACCAGUGUUCGUCACGCCAGGUUUAAAGGUCCACAGAAAGAAAAUGGAAAAUGUGUCCGCGUGUGAAACAAAACCCCUCCAAAGUGAAGAUGCAGACGAAGAAACUGAAAUUGUCUCCCUGACAAAAAACCUGAAACAUGACCUAGCUACUCCGGCACAUUUUACUCUCAAAAGCAAUGAUUUUGUUGUGGACUCUCCGCUGCCACCAGCUUUUUGCACGCCUGGAUUGAAGGUUCAAAAGAAAGAAAUCCCUUCUAUUGUUGUGGGAACAUCAAUUCCAAAAGAAACUGAAAAAAAAGCCACACCACCUAUACCAGCCUUUCAGACAAACUGGCUAAAUGGGGAUACGACAAGGCAACUGGACAUCACAGAACCUAUUCCAAGACCAGUGAUGACCCACAGCCUGUAUUUACAGGACAAUACCUUGGUUCUAAACUCUGAUAAAUACUAUGAAAACUCAACCAAAAUGGCUUCACCUCCUCAAAUGAAGACAUACUCUUUAGAUACUCCCCAGAGACCUGAAAUCACCAUGUCUUUGACUGAAGAUCUUCUCAAGUAUAACAUGAAGCCAUCCUCCCCUCCCAAGAUGUCGGAGUAUGAAAGUCUACUUUGGACUCCAGCACGUCCUGAAAUGACAUCCUGCAUUACCGAGGACAUUUCACAGAUCUUGUCACGUUAUUGUGAUAAUAAAAUGAACCAUCCAGAAACUGUGGGGGGAAAUAAAGACAGUUUUUCAUCCAGUAGAGGCAGUGUGACGUAUACUAACAAAGAGAACAGACUUUAACAAAGAUCCUGGUAACCUGAAGUGGAAUUGUCUUAAAUUGUUAUCUCUAUUGAAGACCUGUUGAUGGGAUUACCAUUUUUAUAUUCUUGACACAAGAAUGAGGGUUCCAGUAUAAAUAAUCUUUUACAUUAACGUGUAUUUCUAAAUAAUAAAGAUAUCAUUCUAUGUACACAGAACUGGCACCCUGUAACUAGAGACAGUGAGCAUGUGUCAUGGGUACCAAGAUGAUUUUAUGGUAAAGAUGGUUUCAUUUAAGUAAGAUUC